GGUCCCUAACUCUCCAUGUCACCAAUCAAAGGUCAAAGGGAGCCCAGCCUGGGUGUGGGGCAGAAGCGGAGAUGUUGGCGGCGUGAAGCUCAGGAGUAUACAUCAGAGAAAGCCAAAAGCCAGCUGGAAUAGUUCCUGAAUACAGUUUUAACCUUGCUUGCAAUUAUUUCGAAGGGGAGAAAUCAUCUGGAUCGGAAUUAAGAUGCUCUGGUUUCAAGGAAAUAGCAUGCAACUUGCCAGGUCCUCCCUUGGACUCUUCUUGAUAAACUGCUCCGUCUCUAAGACAACUCUGCCCGUGCUGACCUUAUUCACAAAGGACCCACGCCCCCUUUGUGGUGAAGCCAAGGAAGUACUCAAGCCUUAUAAUAACAGGUUUAUUUUACAGGAAGUGAACGUCACACUUCCAGAAAACUCUGCCUGGUAUGAAAGGUAUAAAUUUGACAUUCCUGUCUUUCACUUGUGUGGCCAGUUUCUGAUGAUGCAUCAAGAAAACACCUCAAAACUUGACAAACAGCUCCUGAAACUUGAGCAGUAAAGUACCGGAGGCUGACGAAUGCCCUCAUGAUUUUCCACCCUCUCUUCCUAUACGGCAUCUUCCUAAGGAAAUGACCAUGGCCUGAUACUCCUUU